UAUCUUCCUCCAAUUUCAACUCAGCGGCAAACCCUAAACCUACACCUCCCACCUCUCACUUCUGACGGCAAAAUGGGGCGAGUCAUUCGUGCUCAGAGGAAGGGUGCGGGCUCUGUUUUCAAGUCCCACACUCACCACCGUAAGGGUCCUGCCCGCUUCCGUAGUCUUGAUUUCGGCGAGCGCAAUGGUUACUUGAAAGGUGUGGUGACGGAGAUCGUGCACGAUCCUGGCCGUGGCGCCCCUCUUGCUCGCAUCACAUUCCGUCACCCUUUCCGCUACAAGAAGCAGAAGGAGCUUUUCAUCGCUGCAGAGGGUAUGUACACGGGCCAGUUUGUCUACUGCGGUAAGAAGGCGAACCUCAUGGUUGGAAAUGUCCUCCCUCUCCGAUCUAUCCCAGAAGGUGCCGUUGUCUGCAAUGUUGAGCACCAUGUCGGUGAUCGUGGCGUCCUUGCCAGAGCUUCUGGUGAUUACGCUAUUGUCAUCAGUCACAACCCCGAUAACGAUACCACCAGGAUCAAGCUUCCAUCAGGUUCUAAGAAGAUUGUUCCAAGUGGGUGCCGUGCUAUGAUCGGUCAGGUUGCUGGUGGUGGAAGGACUGAGAAGCCCCUUCUCAAGGCAGGUAAUGCUUAUCACAAGUUCAAGGUGAAGAGGAACUGCUGGCCUAAGGUCCGUGGUGUGGCAAUGAACCCAGUUGAGCAUCCUCAUGGUGGAGGUAACCACCAGCAUAUUGGUCAUGCCAGCACUGUUAGACGGGAUGCUCCUCCUGGCCAGAAGGUCGGUCUUAUUGCUGCAAGGAGGACUGGUCGUCUCAGAGGACAAGCUGCAGCUACUGCUGCCAAGGCAGACAAAGCUUAGAGAGUGUCAUUGUUUGUUUUGCUUGCAUUUUUUCGGUUUACUUUUUGUUAGAUUUAUUUCUAAGACGAUUAAUUGGCUACGCUGUAGAAUUUUUGUUGAAUUGUGAAGCUGCAGUUAAAAUGAACUAUCUUAUGAGUUGGUUUGAAA